AUUUGUGUUCACAGGAUUAUUGCUCAUCUACAUUACACUCAUAAACAUCAGCAUUGUACUGAAAUUCUUGUGUGGCAAAAAUCAGUCAAUAGAAUAUUCCAAAGAUGAAUAAAAGCAUGGUUUGGUACAUAGGCAGACAUUUUAAUACAGGUUAGCAGAGAGAAAUUAGAAAAGGGAAAUGCUGGGCAUUCCCACAUUUGAACUAUUUAACUUGGGAAGCGGGAGGAGGGCACAGGAUCAUUUUUCUAUCCUCCAUUUUGAAAUUACAAUGGAGGAAUUUUAUUUAGCAAAACACUGUGUUGCAUAUGAUAAAACCACACAUUAUUCAAGAAAAGAAAUUUGCAGAAAUAAACCGAACAAAGUUAAUCACUGGGUUUGCUGGAUUUCUUUUUUUUUUUUUCCCCCAAAUAAAUGCAAUGUAACAUUCUGUCCACUACCUAAAAUAUGCAACUUUGGGUAAAAAUGUGCAUUUGAAAGAAAGAUACCAUCAGCACUGAGGAAUCUGAAAGAGGUUUGAGAGUUGUUAUUCCUGUUAUACAGGUGCUGUGUAUAAGAAUGAGACAGACAAACAACUACACAUCAUCCAAAGCCAAAAGGUAUUUUUAGAUUGAAGGCUACCUUACAGAAUAAUUAAAAUAGCUCUCUAUCUUAGCAGAGGUUUAUGAUUAACGGGUAUGUUAUUUGUACAUUCUACCAAUACCUGCUAAUGCCCACAUUUGGAUCUUCAAAUUUUCCACUGUGUACCUUUUGUCUGGAGAAAACCUUGGACUAGAGAUAAGACCAUCACCAAAAACAUAUUUCUAGCAGCUCCCAAGUCCAGCCAACCAGUCUGGGUUUGAAGUCGAAUCAAGACCAUGAAGUGCCUGCUGCUUCUCGCCUUUAUUGGGGUGGCUGUUGCCUUCCCCACCUUUGCUGAAGAUGAUGAUGACAAGAUUGUGGGAGGCUACACCUGUGCAAAGAACUCUGUGCCCUAUCAGGUGUCCCUGAAUUCUGGAUAUCACUUCUGUGGAGGUUCCCUCAUCAGCAGCCAGUGGGUCCUGUCAGCUGCUCACUGCUACAAAUCUCGCAUCCAAGUGCAGCUUGGGAAAUCUAACCUGGAGGCCACUGAAUCCACGCAGCAGUUUAUCAACUCUGCUAAAGUCAUCCGCCACUCUGGCUACAGCCCCUACACCCUGGACAAUGACAUCAUGCUCAUCAAGCUGGCCACCCCAGCCACGCUCAACAAAGCUGUCCAAACCAUUGCUCUGCCUACCAGCUGCGUGGCCACCGGCACCACCUGCCUGAUCUCUGGCUGGGGCAACACUCUCAGCAGUGGCAUCAACUACCCGGACGAAUUGCAGUGCCUGAAGGCUCCGGUCCUCUCUGCUGCCGACUGCUCUGAUGCCUACCCUGGGCAAAUUACCAAGAACAUGAUGUGUGUAGGAUUCCUGGAGGGAGGAAAAGACUCCUGCCAGGGAGAUUCCGGCGGUCCUGUGGUCUGCAAUGGAGAGCUCCAGGGCAUUGUCUCCUGGGGUAUUGGAUGUGCCCAGCAGGGCUAUCCCGGAGUUUACACCAAGGUUUGCAACUACGUCUCCUGGAUCCAGUCCACCAUUGCCUCCAACUGAGAUGCUUGUUUGGUGGGACAUGUAUUUUCUCAUCAUCAUUUCUAUUCUUUUGUGUCUGGACAAGCAAAAAUUAUGAGAAAUUAAUAAAGACUUUCAGGCACCCCUA